UUGCCAACACCACGAGCCUGUCGGUUUGGAAAUGUGCGCUUGUAGACAGGUCAUGCGAGGGCGGGAUAUCCCAACCUUCACGCUUACAUCGACGCCCAUGAUGCACCAAACACAAGACGGGCCUACGACGCGGCGACAGCAUACAUAGAUUCCAGAUCGCUGCGCAUUCGCAGAGGCACUAUAUUGAGUCGGCGGCGAGCCAUUGAAAGCCAUACCGAGCUCCACGCUUCCCAGAGUGCCCCCUCUCCGUCGCAAUUUCCCGGGCGCGCCGCGUACACGCUGAAAUUGGUUCCCUCCGUUUGUGUGUUCCACGAGUCAAGGCCGCCUGAUUCUCUAUCUCUGUCCCUCGAGCAGCUGAAGCGUGGCACUCGAGCGACUCCCCAUGGACGCUUCGCAGCCUUGCUCCAGGUCAUAUUACGCGUCCUGAUUGCGUUGGGAGCUGUGCCUUCCAAUCUGAACAUUCAAAUCUUGGCAAGACACCAGUCAUGAGUCAACAUUGAGUGGGAACGUCAAUGAAAAGAAAAGAAUCAGGGAUCGGUAAGUGAUCGACACGGACUCAUCUUUGGACGCGCGAUAAAGCCCGCCAACUCCCUGGCACAUGAGCAAAAGGGACGACGCGUAACCGACAGUCCGGUCUAUCAGACGGGGAGCCUCAAAGACCUCGAUUCUUCGGCACUACAACAACCAGCUUGCGAGCGUGUCGAGCAAUGCAAAACCGUCUCCCUUGAUGGUACUUGGGGACAGAGCGAGAUCUGCAAUAUUUCGCUCAAUGAACAGAAGCGUACUUCCUCGGGUGUGGUCCGCGUUGUUGGUCUUGAUCCCGGCUUGCCUGCUCAAAUGUUCAGUGCAGCCGCAACACGGCCUUGAGCGGGCGCGAUCUGUGGGAGAUCACGUCCGAGAAGAAGAGCGGUCCUUACCCUCGUUCUUUGCCUACGAAUAUACCGGGUACAUCAGCGUCCUGAAGGGUGUUGCACCGCAGACCCAAUGCGUAUGCGGGGGGAAAGGCGUCGUGCGGGGCGUAUCGAGAAUCCGGAUACCGCCUGGGUUUUGAUCACGGGUGAGGAGAUGCAUGGCGUGGGCCAAUAGCGAGGAUCGCCUGCGGUUAGCGGAAUGAGAGCGACUGUGUGUGCGGCCUGCGAUCCGACUCGGGACGCGUAGCAGAAGAUGACGAGACAAUGCACGUCCGGCAUUGCGUAUACGCUCGGGUUGCUACCUUCAGUUGUCGAUGUUCCAGCCCGGUUCAACCAGGCAUCGGCGGCCUCUGUACGGUACGCUUUGCUAAUGAGCGAAGGCUGGCUAGGCAGGACGCAUGCACGCCGUUAUAGGAGGCAAGCCGCUGUAUCUUUGGGGACGCACCGGUGCAUGUGUCCGUCUGCAGCGACAGGGAGGAAAGGUUAAGGGAGCAUGGAUCAGAGAUGGAGAGAUUCGGAGGAAACCUGAUAUCUCUUUGGGAGAAACAGUUGAUAGGAUGGGAAAGGAUUUCGCCGAUGGCGUGGUACGUGGAGCAUCGGGACAGUUGUCGAGGCACGGUCACAAAGACCGCGGCUGACCCCAGUAAUGAAGUACUCACCCUAGAGAACACACUCUGAGACUACACGUGCGGUGCAGUGUUCCAAAUUGCACAGUCAUAACGUGCAACAACUCGGAACAUGAAACGCGAGCGGUAUACUUCAAGCUGCACAUCCGCCCGGUCCAUAGCGAAGUGACAAUAUUGUGCGCAGUUGCUCACGUAAAACUCUCAAGAUCCCAUUUCCGUACCGUCGCCACGCUUUUGAAUCAUCCUUCGCCUGCCAGCGCAUUCCAACUUGUCCCUCGAUAGCGUCCAGAACUGGGGGCCACCGUUGUUGGGGGAACAUCCCAGCUGCAUGGAGUGUUGAGUAGCAUAGAGAUGCUCCAAGAGUACCAUGUAGAGUGAUCGAGUGACAGAAGCUGAAAGGAGGGCAGACACAGACGAAAGAGCGAAAAGGAACGCGUCAGAAAGGAGGGCAGUCAGAGUGGACGUUAGAUCUAUCAAGUUCCAGGAGGAGCCACUGUCAUGACCCGUGCAGAAGAGCCAUGCA